AUGGACGAGAUCGCCAAAAAGUCCGCCGCGGCGUCCGUGGGCGCCUUCAUCACCUCCUUCGUGGUGCCGUUGGAGGUGGUCAAGACGCGCUUGCAGGUGCAGGCUCCAGCAGUCGUGCAUGCCCCGCCUGCCGUGCAGAAGUGUCCGUACUACAGCUUCUCCAAUGGGCUCAUGGACACGAUGCUGCCCAAGCAGCGGCUGCUGACGCAGUGCAAGUGCUCGCCGCAACAGAUCUUCUCGCCGCCCAAGCCGGACAGCACGCUGUUCACGAUGGCCCGCAUCGUGCGGCUUGAGGGACCGCUGGCGCUGUAUGCUGGGCUCCCGCCGACGCUGCUGACGGCCAUCCCGUCGACUGCGGUGUACUUUACGUCGUAUGAACUGCUCCUCAAGCGCUUGAAGACGACGUUCCCUGAGCAGAAUCACGGACUGCUGGCAAUGGCGUCGGGCAGCACGGCGCGCGCGGCCGCCGCCACGAUCUUCUCGCCCUUCGAGCUCAUCCGAGUGCAGAUGCAAGCAGUUGCCAACGCACACCCAUUUGCGACGUACGUGUGGCAGGUAUGGCAAGGUGGAGCUCGGCAGCUGUUCGCCGGCCUAGGCGCCACGCUCGCCAGGGACAUCCCGUUCUCGGCCUUCUACUGGUUCGGGAUCGAGACGUCCAAAGAGUACUUGACGGAUCGAGUCCCCAUUGCGGACCCGCAGCGGAGGCGCGUCUCGGUCGCCUUCAUCUCGGGUGUGCUGGCUGGCGUUCUCGCGACUGUCAUCACUCACCCGUUCGACGUGAUCAAGACUCGGUCGCAGCUGGUCGUGUUCUCCAAAGACAUGGCUCCGGCGCCCUCGAUCCGGCAACUGCUUCGGCAGAUGUGGGCGUCCGAGGGCGCUCGUGGGAUGGCUGCCGGCCUGGCGCCGAGGAUCGUGAAGGUGGCGCCCGCGUGCGCCAUCAUGAUCUCCUCGUACGAGGCCACCAAGCAGGUCUUCAACGUAGACUAG